GUCGCUGUCAUGGUUCAGGUGGAAUCUGCGCAGCGCAGCUCGCUGUCAGUGUAGAGACACAUCUGCACCACAGCUGUUUCACACAGGACAUCAACUACUGGGAGGAAACCAGUAUCUCUCUCCCAGUGAGUUCACUUCAUCAUCAUCACUUUGUUGCGACUUGAUGCAAGAUGAUGAGGAUGAAGAGGAUGAUGAAGGUGGAAUGAAAGAAGACAUUCAUCAGCUGGAUAACAACAACAAUGGUGCUGUCAGACUGGUUCGGCUGGAGCCGCAUGUGAUGCCACUCAGUCCCCGGAGGCAGUGACUCCAACGGCGGCUUCCGACAAGCGAGGAGGACGCGAUCCUCUCGGCUCCCUGCGGAUCUUUUCUUCGCCUCUGGCUCAUGUCGCACACGUUGGCCGCGAUGGACGAGGGAGCCGCCAGCGAGGCCGUCCCCGAUCUGAGAGACAUAGAGGCGAAGAUCGGCCGGAAGACCCCCGAGGGACUGCUCAGGUGUCUGCGGGAAGAGGCGUCCUCUCUCCGGGGAGACGCCAAGCUGGCAGCCGCGCACGACUCCGGUGCCAAGGAGACGGGGAGGAAGAGUUUGGAUGAGAAGAUCAGGAAGCUGAAGAUGGAGAUGGCCCACUUGCGCUCAGUGGACGUGAAGCUCCUGCAGCAGCUGCUGGCGGUGCAUGAAGGCAUCGAGGCAGUGAAGUGGCUGCUGGAGGAGCGCAGCACGAUGACCAGCCGGUGUAGCAGCCUCACGGGCAGCCAGUACAGCCUGGGCGAGGGCCCCGACACGUCCUGGAGAGGCUCCUGGAGCAGCCUGCAGGACCCAAAUGACAAGCUGGACAACAUCUCCAUCGGCAGCUACCUGGACACCCUGGCGGACGACAUGGAUGAGUACUGCCCGUCCAGUUCCGAGUCGGUCAUCUGCUCCGCCACUCCGCUGGUUUCAGAGGCUGCCCCUGGGGGCCGGACAGGGGGAGGCCUCGUGGCCCCGGUCACGGCAGCUGGAGCUGGGGUAGGGGUGAGGUCUGUAACUGGGGCCGUUGUUGGGAUUCGGGCAGGGACAAAGGAGAAUGGAGUUGGGGCUGGAAAUGGUACAGAGUUGAAAGGUACACUAGGGACUGCGGUUACCAGCGCUGUCACUGGGACUGCAGCUGGAAAACCAGCUGUUCCCAUCAACUCUGCUCGAGCCAAGUCUGAGGGCCCCAAGCAGGACGCUCCAGUGUGGACCAAGGCAGCAGAGACGGGCAAAGGAAUCCCUGUUAAAAAGGACAAUAUCAAGGCACAAUCUAUCAAGGUUAACGGCAUCCAUGAGAAACCAUCGGCACAAUCUGGAAGCCCGACCCGCCCCAGUCUCACUGAUAGACAGGGAACCAGCCAGAGCCCCAAACUCAAACCCUAUAGAAACGGCAAAAUCGAGUUCGAUAGUUGCAAAAUGAACGGCAAAAUGCACAUGGAGUACGACGCGCACUGGCGCUGGGUGCAGUCACAGGAAGACGUGACGUUUUUGUAGGUUAAUAACAGACGGUGCCAAAUUCACUGUUGACUCCUUCCUCUGUAACGUCCAAGGUGAGAAGAGGAGUGAACUGCUGUGGUGAAGAACAGAGGAUGAGGGUUUCUUUGGUGAAAGACACUGGGUUUAAAAGACAAAGACGAACGUGUUCUGUUCUAUUCUUCCCUCUUACAGCACUAACUUUCUACAAAACAUUGAUGUCAGUAUUAAGAUGGAUGCACAUUACAGGACUUUAACCAUCGUCAGUUAAAGCGGGGCUGCCUCAAACCAACUUUUGUUUAAAAAUUUAAAAAAUCCUGUGUCAUAAAUUCUUCUCAGGGUCUUUCUUUGCAUUCCCUGAUUUUUAUUUUAUUUUAUUUUAUUUUAUUUUCCCUAGAAAUAAAGCACAGAUCACAGAUGAGGGAGAACAGAGAAGUAUUAACCAAUGAACAUUUCAAGAUUUAAAUUUAAAUAUAACUUUCUCAUAUUCGCCCAAAUAAUAAUUCCCCAUAAGUAAAAAAUACUCUGAACUCAAAACCCUUAAAACAGAGAGGGCUCUGCAUGUCCUGUUAGCUCCCUACUAUUUUGUUUUGACCCCUGAAAGUGAAACAAAUAUGGCCUCUCAUUACCGAUUAUGGCCUCUAUAGCUUUUCAAGUUUUUUUAAAAUUCCAAAUCAUUUAAAAAGAAGAAAGCAGACGAUCCAGGAUUUCACAAAUAAAAAAAGAAGAAUCCAAAAAUAGACGUCUGUCCCAUUAAUGUCUGGAAUACAAUUGAUCAUAUAGACGAUGUGACUGUACACUUCCAAUGGUUAUAGCCAGUAUUGCUUGAUCAAGUAUUAGCAAAAAAAGUGAAUUAAGUAUAUCUGUGUGUUUCUCUUUGAAAACGUCCCUAAACAACAGUAGAAGAUAAGAAACACAUGGAGGACCGAGCACUGGGAUAAGUUAACGUCUCCCUCCAUGAGAAAUAAUGUCCCCCCCGCUGUUAGCGUCGGUGUCUUUGUUGAGCUUGAAUGAUGAACUAAUCCUCUACAAUAUUAUAUAUUCACUGAAUUGCAAUACAGCUACUCUGUGCACCAGGUACUUAGACGUGACCAGUUGUACGCAAAUACUGAAUAUGGCUGAAUAUUUGUUUUGAUCUGGUAAUCUGUGUUAGUUUGGAACUGCAGUCGUUGUGCCUGAUUGGUGUAAAACUUUACUGCGUAGUAUGCCUGUGCUUUCCCUCCUGAGACGAGUGCACUGUCGAUUUGAUAAUCUGUGGUUUGUUGACCGAUUUUUUCAAAAAUUAUAUCUGGCCGCUACUUUGGUAAAUGUUGCUGGGUGGUAAAUGUGUCGUGUUGGCUGCGUGUAUAUAUGCAUGCCCUGCGCCGAGAGCUUUAAUGGCCGAACUGUGAGAAAUCGACAAAUCAGAGCAGAGAAGCAAUAUUUCUUGAAGACUUUCGACUGGUUUACUUAAGUCGCCUCUUCUAAACAAAUGAAAACGCAAAUUUUUCUUCAGGAGUUCGAAAGAGUACUGACAGGGAGUGUGUGUGUUCAUUUGUGUGUGUGUGUGUGUGUGUCAGACAGACACCGACUGCCUGAGCACAGCCGGCCUGUCAGGAUCGGAUAAGAAUAGACCAGUCCCAAAGCUCUUCAAGCGUUUCCAUCUCCCUCACCACAUCGUUACUACACCUCGUCCCAGUCUGCAAUAAGUCACUUUAAUGCAGCAGGAGUAGUGGAACACAUUUAAUAAAUACAGGACAUAUUACAUAAUCAUAACUGUGGAAAUAACAAAGGUUUGGCACAACCCCUCCCUGUCUCAGCGCGUCAAGCUAACCCCAAAGUGAAUUUCUUCCUUCCCUUAUGUGGACUUCUGAACCUCUCUUUGUUCUCAGUGCUGGGAAUUGUUUGAAUCUCUCAGUUCUCGUUCCAGUGCAGCAUGUGCAGCGAUCAGCUUUGACACCGAUACAGAGCCAAUGUUUUUUUUUAUACCAGAACAGACACGCUAGGCAGUUUUCCUCCAAAACCUAAUCCUUUUUCAGCCUAAAGGUCAGAGGCCUUUUUAAUGCAAGCAUUUCCUGCAUGUUUAACUAAUCGAUCAUUAGCUGAGCCAUCCUCUCUUAAUUUUUCCUUGUUGUUACAAUUACCAGUGUUUUUUUGUCGCAUGGUACAUGUACUUAAUAACGGGUCAGAUUAUCUAAAAAUGUGGAGUAAUGUUUGUGAAAAUGUUUCCAGAAUGUCAGACAGUGGUGACGCAGGUUUUCUUGCCGGCAAACAAAAGUGUUGAAGAGAAUGACUAAGAGAUGUGUUUGGCAAACGUACUCCUCGCUGACAAAUACAAAAGGGAAGUUUCUGGAAGGGAAAACUUCUCAGAAUCCGGUAAAGAGCAAAGCAGAGGAGCGGGGGGGUCAGAUUAAUUUGAAAUUUUAAGUAAUAUUUUGAAGCCAUGGAUCCAAAACUUGGACAGGUUUCGCAUUUAAUUUUGAAACUCCCGGUGGUUCCUAGUUUCUCGUACUGUGCCGAUAAGGUUUAUGAGUUCGUUUGUGAGUAGGUUUAUGCUGGAAAAAUGGUCUUGAAUCUGCACCUGAUGGCUCGAGGCUGUAGAGUCCUAAAAUCAGAUGUUAUGGAUUUGUUUUGAAAUACAAAAACAGUUUAGCUUAACUUUGUUUAACUUCAUGUGACAAAGGCUUUGAGAUGUUUGGCAAACGUAAUGUUGGCUGAGAAUAGAAACUGAGUGGAGGUUCAACUGCCAGUGUUUUUGGUGUUGCAUGGUACAUGUAGUAGUUAAUGGGUCAGAUUACCUUGAAAGCUGAAGUAAAACCUGUGUACUUUGCUUUGAUAUGCAGUUAAAUCCAAACUUGACCGUUUCCUGACAUCUGUACUUCAACAGAGAGGUUGAGGGAACAUUCAUGGCUGCUUGGAUCCGGUUUCUUCACCAGUUAACUGCCACAAUGCUUCCAUAAGUACUUUAUAAAACGUCAACUUGAAGUCAACUCGCUGGCUGUACAGAGUUUUCAUCUCCACACGCAGCUACAGAGAGAUGUUAAACUCGGCAUCUCCGUUAGUUUGAACCACUGAAGUGUUUCCUCUCUACUCCUACGACCUCCUCCUGCCUUUUCUUUUCAUCCCACUUUCCACCACCGCACUGCCUGGAUGGAAAUGUUCACUCUGUGCCAACACACACACACACACACACACAUCACGCACACACAAUGCCCUCACUGGAGACAGCACCAUAAAACCAGUAGAAACAGGCCAGUAGGAAAAGUGAGCCGAGACUGGACCUUGGACUCUUGGACGAGUUGGAACAAUCCUUCCCUUCGCUCUCAACACAAAUAGAACAUCUACCGUUUCUCUGGACGAGUGUUUCAGACAUCAUCCUGCCGCGGUGAAGACGUGAAGUCAUCCGAGGCCUCCCUCCCUUUUGAACAUAUGUGCUGGCUGUAAACCAGUAUGGCAUGCCGAUGAGAGACUGCUCUGCUGGUUUGUGGUUUUCUUUCCAAAUUAGCUCGACCGUAUAGGGAGAAAGAAAAGCAUUUUAGUGCAGGGAGCAAAGCUGUAAAACACAUUACAUCAGGCUAUAGUGUGUCUCUCUGACGAUAAACUGCAGCCCCCUGAUACUUUAAUGUGUUUCCACAGGGCACAUCCAGGCUAAAAAUGGAAUAUCAACAUUGUUUUAACAGCUCUUUAGUGAAGAUUUGAGACCGACUAGGUGCCAGGAUGAAUUGCUUGUGGUCUGAAGGAGAGGGAUGAUAUGAGUGGAAGUGUUACUCUCUGGCACGUUGGUGGAAAAAAAUAUAUUCCUUCAUUACUUUGUAGACUUUGCAGACUUUUUAGAAUGUUUGUGACGUCCAGGGUUUAUUAGAUGCCCAGUGCAUGAUGUCAUUCAGGUUUUAGGUGCCAGUCCCUCCAGUUAUUCUGCUAUUUUUCUCCCCCUGCUUCAUUCAGUGUCUCAGUUUACCUCCGUUUACCUUUGCUUGCCAGUUUUGGCCCUUUUUACCUCCGAGAAGCCAAAACACCGGCCGUUUGUGUCUCUCCGGUGGCAGAGUGCAUUGUGGGAGAAGGUGAUCCGGGCAGUGCAGCAAACCGCAUGCAGCUGUGAAGCUUCCGACCCGGUGCCCUGCUGUUUUCUUCCUCCCUCUUGUAUGCACACACACACACACACACACACAGUUUAGCCUGGCACUCACGUGUCUGUAGAUACCUGACCGCUCCUCAGAGGGAGACAUUAUUAUGCAUUUUCGUCCCCUUGAUUCUUAUUUAUAUUUUAUCCCUGUGUGUGUGUGUGUGUUUGUGUGUGUGUGUGUGUGAGUGUGUGUCUGUGUGUGUGUGUCUAAGCUUAGAGGAUUGGAAUAUAAAAGCCACGGAGCGACUGCAGCACACUGGAUCAGUCAAAAUCAAUAUCUUGCUCGUGUGAGUGGAACUUUUAUUUUUGUCCUAAUCACAAGCUGCAUUUUGUUGUUAUCUUGUUAUGCAAUGCGCCCUGAGAAAUGUUUUGUUUUCUUUGUAAAGUGGAAAUGUUCAAAAGUACCUGAUUGUGUUCGUUGAUGUGGAGAAUUAUAUUAUGCAGUGUAUAAAUUAUACAAGCUUAUCCAAUGAAUAAAGGUAUUUUAAAUGUU